UUUGCUGUGGUCAACAUGCUGCGGACGCUUCUGUGGGCCCUGCUGGUGACGGCGGCGGCGGCGGCGUCGCACACUCCGGAAGCCACCGUGAAGGUCAGCCACAUGGUACUUGAGUCUGCGGCCAAGGAAUUCUUGCUCAAGCAGGACCUUCGCUACAGCCGCGAGUGCAAGCAGGCCGUCACCGCCUCGUGGAAUUACCACACCAACGUCACCCAGGAGAAUAAGCAGGACUUGGAGGAAGCACAAGAGCGGUUCUCAGAAUGGACGAAGCAGUCUUGGGAGGAGGCGAGAAAGUGGACCUCUCUCCUUCCCUACUUCCGAAACACUGACAUCGCGAGGCAGUUCAAGCUCCUGUCUAUCCUGGGAGCACCAGCGUUGCCAAAGGCGGAAUUGUUGAAGUACACGAGAAUCAUCUCCGAAAUGACUUCAAUAUACGACUCCACAACAGUCUGCCAAUUCCGGAAACCCGACCGCUGUGACAUCGGCAUAAACAGAGGGCUGAACAAACUCCUUCGCAAGAGCCGCAACUACAGCGAACUGAAGCACAUGUGGAAGUCCUGGCGGGAGUCGACCGGGAGAAUCCGACGCCGCUAUCAACAGUUCGUCCAGCUCGCCAACAAGGCAGCUUUUGCGAACGGCUUCCGCAACAUGGCCGAGAUGUCUUUGGCUCAGUACGAGAGCGAGACCUUCCGCGAGGACAUGGCCGCCGUGUGGGAGCAGAUCAAGCCUCUGUACGAGCAGCUGCACGCCUUCGCCAGGAGGAAACUCAGGGAGGUCUACGGCAGCGAUCGCGUGACCCACCGUGGCCCUCUCCCCGCCCACCUCCUGGGGAACAUGUGGGCGCUGAACUGGAAGCUGGAUGACCUCUUCCUGCCGUUCCCGGACACGCCGCCCGUCGAUGUCACGCCCGAGAUGCAGCGACAGGGCUACGACCCCCGCCGGAUGUUCGAGGCGGCCGACCACUUCUUCCACUCGCUGAACCUGACCCGCGUGCCGGCCUCCUUCUGGCGCCUCUCCGUCACCAGGGUUCCCGAAGACCGGCAGGUGGUGUGUCAUCCUUCGUCGUGGGAUUUCUGCGACGGCUCGGACUUCCGGAUCAAGCACUGCACAGACGUCACGCAGGAGGACCUCGUUACUAUACACCACGAAAUGACUCACGUACAGUACUUCCUGCAGUAUAGGAACCAGCCUUACAUCUACCGAGCUGGAGCGAAUCCGGGGAUCCACGAGGCCCUGGGCCACGCCGUCGCCCUCAGCGUGGAGACCCCGAAGCACCUCUGGCGUCUGGGUCUCCUGAAGAGCCCCCACCUCCCCUACGAGGCCGAGAUGAACGACCUGAUGAGACGGGCGCUGGACAAGGUUGUGUUCUUGCCCUACGCCUACCUGGUCGACCUGUGGCGCUGGAAGGUUCUGGAAGGCAGCCUGCCGGAGAAGGACUGGAACUGCGGGUGGUGGGACCUCAGGUACGAGAUCCAAGGCAUGAAGCCCCCGGAGCUGCGGUCUGAGGCGGACUUCGACGCCGCCUCCAAGUACCACAUUCCUGCCAACAUCGCUUUCACAAGAAAUUUCGUGAGUUUCGUCAUGCAGUUUCAACUCCAUAAAUCACUGUGCAUGAAGGCGGGCGAGUACGUGCCAGGCGACCCUACGAAGCCUCUGCAUAAGUGCGAUAUUAACUCGUCCACUCGGGCCGGAAAUGCUAUGAGAGAAAUUAUGAGACUAGGUUCCUCGAAGCCAUGGCCAGAGGUCAUAGAGGCGGCUACAGGGGAGAGAAAGAUGGACGGAUCAGCCUUACGGGAAUAUUUCAAGCCUCUGGAGAUGUGGCUGAUCGAGGACAACAAGAAACACGGGGAAUUCGUCGGUUGGAGGCCAGACGGCGAAUAUUGUCUGUACGAGAAGCCGCGGACAACAGAUAAUCCGGCGAGGUGUCAGACGAACAAGUAAUAGUAAGAAGAAUGAAGAGAAAGGAAGAGCAGGAAAAUAAAAAGAGGAACAGGAAGGAGAAGAAAAAGAAGUGAAGGAAGAAGAAGUAACAGGAAGAGGAAGAAGAGAAUAAUAUAAUUUUGGAAUAGAUUGAGAGGUGCGAAGAAAAAUCUAGAAAAAUUCGCAAUGGAUUGCAAGAAGAGAAGUCUAAGAUAAAGACGAGGUAGAAAAAAAUAUGGAAGGAAGAAAAUUGUGAGUUAAUAUUAAAAUGAUGACGGCAAUGACGACGAAAAUCGCACUUCUUUUUGUUAACAAAGACAUAACAUUUGCUUUAUCGUUAUUUUAGUUGUAUGUUGAUUAGUUUUAGCUAAUUCUUCAUUUCUUUCAGUUAUCUAUGUUGUUAGUUCAUCUGUUAACCAGGACCGACUACAAUUUCUUAAUACUUAAACUUUAGAUGUUAUGUAUUGUUUUCCCAAAAGGACUGAAAUAAAUAAGCACGUAUAUAUAUUUU